AUGCCUCGGGGUCAGAAGAGUAAGCUCCAGGCUCGUGAGAAACGACACCAGGCCCGAUGUAAGAGUCACGAUACAGGGGGUGCUCAGGCAACCGCAGCAGCAGCAGCAGCAAAAGAGUCCCCUCCAGAAGAGUCCCCUCCAGAAGAGUCCCCUCCCUCUCCAUCUCUUUCUGAAGGUGUUACUGAGAGCCUGCCUGUUGCUGAGUCAUGUAGCACUUCUCAGGAGCCUCAGGAAACUCCAUCCACUACCACUACUUCUGAAGUCAUUUCUUGCACUAGAUCUGAUGAAGAUUCCAAUGUCCAAGAUGAGACAAAGGAAAGCAAUGCUGAGGCCUCACCCUGCAGUGAGAAAUCAUGCAACGAUCCUCUAGCCAGUAACAUUAAGGUGUUGGAGCAGUUCCUGCUCUUCAAGUACAAAACGAAGCAGCCCAUUUUGAAGGCAGACAUGCUGAAGGUUGUCAGCUGGAGGUACAAAGACCACUUUCCUGAGAUCUUCAAGAAAGCCUGUGAGCACAUUGAGUUGGUCUUUGCAGUUGAUGUGCAGGAAAUCGACUCAACCCGUCAGUUGUAUGACCUUGUGAGCAAGCUGAAACUCCCCAACAAAGGGAGGGUGCGUGCUGGCAGGGGCUUACCCAAGGGCGGUCUCCUGAUGAAUAUCUUAGGUAUGAUCUUCAUGAAGGACAACUGCGCCACUGAGGAAGACGUCUGGAGAUACCUAAGUAUGAUGCGAAUAUAUGCGGGAAGGAAGCACUUCGUCUAUGGGGAGCCCAAGAAGCUCAUCACUAAAGAUUUUGUGAGGCUGAAGUACCUGGAGUACCGCCAGGUCCCUGACAGCGAUCCUGCAUGCUAUGAAUUCCUGUGGGGUCCCAGAGCCCAUGCUGAAACUAGCAAGAUGGAAGUCCUGAAAUUUUUGGCCAAGAUCAAUGAGACCGAGCCCAGUGCCUUCCCAUCUCAGUAUGAAGAGGCUUUGCGAGAUGAGGAAACAAGAGCCCAAGCCCAAACCGUAGGUGUAGCCAAGCGUGGUGCUACUGCCAAAGCUUGUGCACUGUGCAAGGCCAUGCGUUCAGUAUAUCUUUCUGCCCCUAUUGAUGUCUGA